CCAUGGCCGACCGUCCUCUGGCUGCAGGGCGGCCCGGGAGCGUCCGGCGUAGGGAUCGGCAACUUCCUGGAGGUCGGGCCGCUGGACGUCCACCUCAACCCCCGCAACUCCACCUGGCUGCAGAAGGCCGACCUCAUCUUCGUGGUCAGCCAGAGCUACAAACUCCUACUCCUCCAUACCGAUUGAUUACCUGUGUUGAUGGCUGGCUCGAUGCAUGGCAAUGGCAAUGGCAGGACAACCCCGUGGGCGUCGGGUACAGCUACGCGGAGAACGGCAGCGCGCUGGUGACGAGCGACUGGGAGGCGGCCGCGGACGCCACGGCGCUCCUCAAGGCGCUGGCCACGGAGGUGCCCGCCCUGCGGGAGGGGAGCCCGCUGUUCCUCGUCGCCGAGUCCUACGGCGGCAAGUACGCCGUCACGCUCGGCGUCUCCGCCGUCCGGGCCAUCCGCGCCGGCGAGCUCAACCUCACGCUCGCCGGCGUCGCGCUCGGCGACAGCUUCAUAUCGCCGGAGGAUUUCGCGCUCUCCUACGCGCCGCUGCUGCUGGACGUGUCGAGGCUGGACGACAACGCCGGCGACGCCGCCAAAGGGAAGGCAGCGACCGUGAAGGAGCAGAUCGCUGUGGGACAGUUCGCCGCCGCGUGGAACUCGUGGACGGACUUGCUUCUGUUUAUCGAGUCCAAGAGCGCUAGCGUUGACACCUAUAACUUCUUGCUUGAAGCUGGCAUGGACCCGGUGUCAGCGGCCUCUUCGUCAUCGGUGGCGGCAGUGAGCAAUGCCCAGACAAUGAAGUACUCAACAUACCUUAGUCGCAAGGAGGUUGCAUCUGGUCCCAACACCAUCAGCGGCAUCAUGAACGGCGUCAUCAAGGAAAAGCUCAAAAUCAUCCCCAGUAACCUCACGUGGCAAGGGAUAUCAGAGCUGGUCUACAAUGCACUGGUCAAUGACAUCAUGAAGCCUAGGAUAGACGAGGUUGAUGAGUUGUUGUCUUACGGUGUGAAUGUGACGGUGUACAAUGGCCAGCUCGAUGUGAUCUGCUCGACGAUCGGCGCGGAAGCAUGGGUGCAGAAGCUCAAAUGGGACGGGCUGAAGAACUUCACAAGCCUGCCAAGGCAGCCCCUGUACUGUGGGUCCUCCAAGGUCACCCAGGCCUUCGUCAGAUCCUACAAGAACUUGCAUUUCUACUGGAUCCUUCAAGCUGGGCACUUUGUGCCUGCUGACCAGCCUUGCAUUGCACUAAGCAUGAUCAGUAGCAUAACCCAGUCUCCGGCAAGUUAG